CCUCUCCACUUUGAGGUUGGUUGGUGGCACUCUCUCAAAAGCACCAGAGGUUCCCCAAUUUUAGGGCAUCGAUUCAAAGAAUCUUUCUUUCAACUCAUCCCACUCGACCUCCGCGCAGCGCUCCACCUGCCUACAAAAACCUUUCGCACAUCGUCGACGCCCGACUCCGUCUCCUUCAACACACAAUCUUGUCGAAAAACACCAUCCAUAUUACGAAUCUUCUCUUUGUCGCCCACCAUGAAGAACGGAAAGGCUCGAGGCCGCCCCAGCGCUUCGGAUCGCGGGGGCAUCCGCAAGCGGGGUGCUGCGAAAAAGGUCGAUCGGGAAGGUGAUUUGGUCAUGGAUGGAAAUACGUCUCAGGCCCGUGCGAAGAGGGGCCGUGGCGACUCUGUUCGAUCCGGCGCUUCUUCUGGAACACGGUCUCAGACAUCCACCCGAGCUAUAGACGCCAUUCAGAAGGCUAUUUCCAGCAACUCGGAGUCGCAACAAGCGAACAUUCGCCAAGGUGGCCGGGCCAGUAAUCUGGAACAGGUCAGGGUCAACAACUGGAAGGGGAGCAAGGCCAAAUCCAAUCCCGACGGCGGCCAAGAAAGCCUAAUCGCCUUCCUCGAGAAGAAACUCAGCCCACCCGACGCGAGAGCUAGCGCACGCGCAAGGAUCACUAAGGUAUGUGCAACACCAGAACUUGCGAUCAUCGACAUAUGAGUUAUCACCAGCGUCGUCCUCUCCGAUGUGCUCUCGUUUUCAGUGAUGGUACCUCCAGAACGACGGUCGACACUUGCUUCCGCUCAUUUGGCAUUUAUUCCUUGGG